CAGAGACGCCUGCCUUUGGAGGCCCAGCUGAGCAUGUGUGUGCAUAUCCGUGUGCUGUCGCAGGAUGGGCCGUCUUCGUGUCAAACGUGCAGAUCUUGGGUCAUCAUUUUCAUCUGCAAAAACCAAAUUUACCUCAUAUCGAUCUAUAACUUAUCCGACUUCGCAUCCAUCUACAAGAAUUCCUUCAACUGCAACUUCUCUAACCACUCUUCCAUCUACAAGUACCUCUCAUCCAUCUGCAACUUCCCCAACCACUCUUCCAUCUUUAAUAACUUCUCAAACCUCUAAUCCAUCUGCAAAUUUCUCUGCCACUACUCCAUCUUCAAUAACUUCUCCAACCUCCAAUUCAUCUGCAACUUCUCCAACCAGUCUUUCAUCUACAAGUACAUCUCAUCCAUCUGCAACUUCCCCAACCACUCUUCCAUCUUUAAUAACUUCUCAAACCUCUAAUCAAUCUGCAAAUUUCUCACCCACUACUGCAUCUUCAAUAACUGCUCCAACCUCCAAUUCAUCUGCAGCUUCUCCAACCAGUCUUUCAUCUACAAGUACAUCUCAUCCAUCUGCAACUUCCCCAACCACUCUUCCAUCUUUCAUAACUUCUCAAACCUCUAAUCCAUCUGCAAAUUUCUCACCCACUACUCCAUCUUCAAUAACUUCUCUAACCUCCAAUUCAUCUGCAACUUCUCCAACCAUUCUUUCAUCUAUAAGUACCUCUCAUCCAUCUGCAAAUUCCCCAACCACUUUUCUAUCUUCAGCAAUUUCUUCAACCUCCCAUUCACCUGCAACUUCCCCAGGGACUCUUUCAUCUUCAAAUACUUCUCCAACUUUUCAUCCACCUGCAAAUUUCUUAGCCACUUUUCCAUCUUCAGUAACUUCUUCAACGUCCAAUUCAUCUACCACUUCUCUAUCCACUCAUUCAUCUACAAGUACCUCUCAUCCAUCUGCAACUUCCCCAAGCACUCUUCCAUCUUUAAUAGCUUCUCCAACCUCUCAUCCAUCUGUAACUUCUUUAAAUAGUAAUACGUCAUCAGCAAUUCCUCCAACCUCUUAUCCAUCUGUAACUUCUAUAGUCAAACUUUCAUCUGCAACAACCUCUCAUUUAUCUGCAACAUCUCCCACCACAUCUCCUUCUUCACAAGUAUCUGCAAAUUCUUCAACCAUUCUUCUAUCUGCAACAACCUCUCAUCCAUCUUCAACAACUUCUCCAAACUCCAUUCCAUCCACAUCAAUCUCUCCACCAUCCCCCUCGCUUCCAACAACCUCCUCAAAUUCCUCAAGACCUACAACAUCUUCGCCAUCACCUACAUCUACCAAAACCCUUACAACAUCACCUACAUCCACAACAACCUCAUCAAAUACAACGGAAAAUGCAACGCUUACCAUUCAUAAUACCACUGCUCCAGAUGCAUCAACACCCAACAGAUCCACUGAGUUGCCAGUAAACAGUUCCACCAUGGUGCCCCCAAUUAUGACUUCCACGCCCAGAUCUACGCUUACGUCUCCAGAUGCUAACAACAUCUUGGCCACAAAAAACGCUACAACAAACUCAACCUGUCAGUGUGACUUAUACUGCAAUGCGAAAGCUGCAUACUACUACUUUAAUAUCACUGUGAAUAAUCCUGCAGUGAACAUCACUGAAAUUAAGCAUUUGAUCUCCACAUUGAAUUUAACCACACCAACUUGCAGGACGAAUUCAUCGUCUUCCUGUUCAUCUUCCCUCACCUCUCAGGACGAUUAUGUGAAUUGCAAUAAUCCAGAUAUGACCCCGAUGAGUUACACGGUGGUACUGAAGCUGGCAGAGGACCAGGACGUGUGCACUGUGAGGAAGGCCGUGGCCAUGCAGUUUACCGGCAACAGCAGCAUCAACUUCACAGGACCUGUAUGCAGAGUGGCAAUAUGUGGCCCGAUGGUAAAUAUUUCAAGCGCGAAAGUCAACUGGUACCAGUUCAACUACAGCUACAAAGACUUUUGCAUUGUCCCCUAUGUUUGGCCUUGCCAAGGCGAUUGGAUCAAUGUUAAUAUACUGAAUGAGACAUGUGGCACCAACUCUACAGUCCCUCCCCACACCGUUUCCACGGUGACAUCCCGACCGUUCUCUACAGUCACAACACUGACUGUGGUCCCCCCGACAACACAAAGCUCCGAAAAACAGGCACAGGAGCUGCUUAACCUGACAAUGAAUGCGGCGGCUCUCAACUCCUCCCAGGUGGCGGCGCUGGUGUCCAGCCUCGAGGAGCUUCUGUCUGGGCCCAGUAUUAGCCAGGAGCUGGGCGAGACAGUCAUCAGUGCUGUCAGCAACCUGCUCAAUGCGAAUGCAAGCGCUCUGGCUGCUUCCUCCACCAGAAUCAUUGGCCUGGUGGACACGGUGGGGAUUAAGUUAGUCCUAGCUGAUCCAACAGAGACAAUACUGUCUGAAUCAGUGGCUCUGGGUGUGAAGAAAGUGAAUGGAACAAACUUUCAGCAGACCUCCUUCUCCAUUAUGAACUCUUCCAAUGUGCAGAUUGAUGGGAGUGGAGGUCUCAAAGCAGCUGCAUCAUCUCCAGUGCCUCAGGGCUCCAUUACACUACCAGCUUCCCUGACCAGCAACCUGACAUCUCAGGACAAACUUCUAGCUUCCAGAGUUCAGUUCAACUUCUACCAGAAGAGCACCGUGUUUGUGGACAAAUCACUAUCACGUGAGAAUUGUGUACUAAACAGCGGCAUUCUCGGCUCCAGCGUAGCCAACCUGUCCAUCAGUGGCUUAAAAGAUGACGUGGAAUUCGUUCUAAAGACCACAGAGCCCAACGACAAAAAGAAAAAUGUCUACUGUGUAUUCUGGAACUUCACAGAAAACAAUGGAUCUGGGGGUUGGAGUAGUGCUGGUUGCUCUGUUCAGAACACCACCAGUGAGCAGACCACGUGCAGGUGCAACCACCUCACUAGCUUUGCUGUGCUGCUGGACAUUUCCAUGGAUAACAGUAUUAGCCCUGUGCAGAAUGAAAUCCUCACCUACAUCUCCUACAUCGGCUGUGGAAUAUCUGCAAUCUUUCUCUCUGUGACGCUGCUGACCUACCUGGCUUUUGAGAAGUUGCGCAGGGACAUCCCCGCCAAGAUCCUGAUCCAGCUGUGCCUGGCACUGCUGCUGCUCAACCUGGUCUUCCUGCUGGACUCCUGGCUGGCACUGUAUCCUCAGGCCAAGGGUCUCUGCAUCUCUACUGCCUUCUUCUUGCACUACUUCCUGCUGGCCUCCUUCACCUGGAUGGGAUUGGAGGCCUUCCACAUGUACCUGGCACUGGUCAAGGUCUUCAACACUUAUGUGACCAGAUACAUGCUCAAGUUCUGCAUUGUCGGCUGGGGUGCUCCACUUAUUGUGGUUGUCAUUAUCAUCUCUGUCAAUAAAGACUACUAUGGCUUUGGUUCCUAUGGGCGCUUCCCUGAUGGUUCCACAGACACUUUCUGCUGGCUGACUGACCUGAAUGACCAGACUGUGUUCUACGUGGGAGUUGUAGCCUACUUCUGCCUGGUGUUCCUGAUCAACCUGGCCAUGUUUGUGGUGGUGCUGGUGCAGCUGUGUCGGAUAAAGCGGCAGAACCCCCACAAUUCGCAGCACCGGAGCGUGCUGCAGGAUCUGCGCAGCGUGGCUGGCCUCACCAUCCUGCUGGGGCUCACCUGGGGAUUCGCCUUCUUUGCUUGGGGACCUCUCAACCUGCCCUUCAUGUACCUCUUCUCCAUUUUCAAUUCUCUGCAGGGGUUCUUCAUCUUUAUCUUCCAUUGUGCCAUCAAAGAAAACGUCCGUCAGCAGUGGAGGACCUACCUGUGCUGUGGGAGACUAAGGCUACCUGAGAACUCUGAUUGGAGCCGGACCGCUACGCAAAACCUGGCGAAGAACCGCUCCAGGAUGGUCCCAGGCUCUUCCCGCUUGUCCAAUUCGACUCAGUCCAACAACACUACCAGCACUUCCUUCCUGGCCAGUGAACCCGCAGAGUCUGUGAAUGGCAUCGAAAACCCCUAUGAUGACAGGAGCAUCAAUGCGCUGGAGGACGCACACGCAGAUGUCAUUGUGAACGAGAUCAUCAGCAGACACAGGACUACAAGGCGGCAGUGACCUCUAGGAGGAACGCACCACACAUCGUAGCUCAUUGUCUCUCGAUUUCUGUCCAAACACAGAGAAAACAAUGCAUCACUGCAUUUACUGCAUUUAGGUGCAAGUUUACACAAAAACAUACAGGUGAUAUUUAUAUACAAUCCAGGAAGCCCAUACCAAUGACAUAUAGGACCUGUCAUUGACAAUUGUGAUUUCAGAUUUUGAAAAACAUGCACACCGUGAAAUUUAAAGAGAAUUCUGCCUUCAGUGUUUAGUAAUUCAGUUAUAUCUGUUAUAUCCAGCAAUUCAUAUAAUAUCUUAUAUUAUAUUCAUCAAAAGGAAAUUAGCGUCCCAGAAUGCACUGCUUUGUUAUUCCAUGAUGCACUGAGUAGAUUUUCUACUGGAGCCUGUCACCCAUCCAUCUUUAUACUGCUUAUCCAGGAGAGAGUCACGGGGAGCUGGACAGGGCGCGCACACAGAGGCUGGGCUGGGACGUGAUGAACUCAGGGUUGCUACAUGAACGUGUCUCCCUGGAGGCGUAAGGCUCUGGGAGGCUGCGAGGGACACGUGCGUGUGCAGGCAGGGCUCGGGGUGUUGGGGAGGAAUGGCAGCUCAGUCAUGCAAGCAGCCAACAAAAGACACGGCUUGUCUGGACUUGUGUGUCAGGGAGGUGAAGAUACAGAGUGAUAAGGGUGUACUGCUUUGUAAAAUGACAGAUAUAUGAAACCAUGCCUUCUGCUGUAGAUUCAUAAUCAAAAAAUUGUGUGUUCUUAACAGUCGGACCCUAAAAGUAACCCAACUCUGGCCAGACAGCAAUGCCUAGAUUUGAACAGCAGGGGGGGAUGUGGUGCAGUAAUAAUUACAUUUAUUGAGCACUUUUUUUUUUUUUUGACGUAUAAGCAAGGCAAGUAGCACAUUAGAAACAUGCAUGCUGUCAAGGAGUCGACUAGGCAUAAGUGCAGCUUGGCUCAGCUUCGUAUGAAUGCUCUGGUACAUAAAAGCAUAUUAGUCUUCUGGGGAGGUUCUCUUAUUUGUCAUGUCUACUUGAAUGCCUGAUCUGACACAAAAAGCUUGGAAGAGAGAGACAAACUGUUUUUGAAACCACAUACUAUACUACUAAUAUAAUACUGAUUUAGUCCAAAAAGUAGUAUGUUGUACACAGUACACCAAAGAUACUGAGAUGUCGCACACCAGUAUGCACAAGACCAGUCUAAGUCACCUACUGCGUCCCAUAAUGCAAAGCAGCAGAUCGUCACAGCCUCGUUUUGACUGUUUAACUUGGAAAAAAAUAAUUUCUUUUAUUCAGUUUUCCUUUCUAUUAUUGUUAUUUUCAUAGCAAUUUACUGCAAACUGUCAUCAGACUAAUUAGAUCAAACAAGUUAAUAGUUCUACACAGAUGAGCAAGCUAGCUAUUGUUUGCUGCUAACAUUUCCCUAUUACAUUUCCCAUAAGCGAGGCACAGAUUAUUUAGCUAUUUAGCAGACAGAAUACAGGGGACAAGGGUGUUGGGAUUUAAUCCCAAAUACUGCCCUAUAAUCACAGCCUGCAACAGGAUGAAUUAAAUGUCACUGUAAUUUUGAUUAAUUUAUCUGCGUCUAAUUAUGUGUUAAUGUACACUUACGAUUUGUGAUAAUCUAUUUAUUAAAAUAAACAGAUCAUGUAUUUUAUCCA